AUGAGUGAAAGGAUUAGAACCCUCAAAAACAACUCGCGGGCGGGGGUUGGGCCCAUCGUUGGAAGCAGACGGGUGCAUUUCCAAAACCGUACCUCGGUGGCCCGCACGGUUGGCCGUGGCUUGGGGGCGGCGCGAGACGCCCAACGUUCGGACAGGCCUAUCGGGACGCAGGGUUGGGACGAGCACGAUAUGAACGUUGUGUCAGCUAUCAUGAGUUUGCGCGGGAUAGAUGCCCAAAAUCGUAGAGCCCCGGCGCGGGCCCCUUUUGCAGUCUCAGUCCAUGAGAUCCGCGAUUUACAGGCGGAGCGCAUGAUUCCGCUUCCAACUCUCAGCGCAAACAACGCAGGUCCCGCGUACCGACUUGACAGCCGUGCGAAUCAUUCUGAUGAAUCAGGAGCUGCUGGUCCAGAUACUUCUCCCAAUUGCUCCGAUUCAUAA